CAGUCCACCUGUACUGAACGUUGCCAGCCGGGAUAUCGACAGGCUAUUCGUCAGGGUCAGCCAUCUUGUUGCUAUGACUGUGUCCCUUGUUCUGAAGGAGAAAUCUCAAAUCAAACAGACAGUGCCGACUGCAUGAAGUGUCCUCCGUAUUACUGGCCAAAUGUAAAGCAGGAUUUUUGUUUUUUUAAAGAAGCAGAUUUCCUGUCUUUUGAGGAUUCACUGGGAGCAGUAUUGACAGUCUGUGCCAUUUCCCUCUCACUCGUGCCUCUUACAGUGCUUACCAUUUUUGUAAAAUUUCGUCAGACUCCUAUCGUAAAAGCAAAUAACAGGAGCCUCAGUUAUUUCAUACUCGUGGUGCUCACACAGUGUUUUCUGUCAUCCAUGGUUUUCAUUGGAUAUCCAAAUCAUGUGACCUGUUUAGUACGUCAGCCUGCCUUUGGGCUAUGCUUUUCCAUGUGCGUUUCUUCUGUUCUUGCUAAAACAAUCAUGGUGGUUCUUGCUUUCAGAGCUACAAAGCCUGGAAGCUUUCUGCGACAGGGAAUGGGAAGACACAUUGCUUACUGUAUAGUCUUUUUCUCCUCCCUAGGGCAGGCCAUAAUUAUUAUUUGUUGGUUGUCUUUGUAUCCACCAUUCCCAGAGCUUAAUAUAGGAUACUACAAAGAACGAGUGAUACCUGAAUGUAACGAAGGCUCCAAAGUAAUGUUUCAUGGCAUGCUAGGAUACCAGAGCAUAUUGGCCUCUGUCUGUUUCAUCGUUGCCUUCAUGGUGAGAAAGCUGCCAGAUUGUUUUAAUGAAGCCCAGUUCAUCACAUUUAGUAUGAUUACAUUUCUCUGUGUCUGGCUUUCUUUUAUCCCUGCCUACCUCAGCACAAAGGGGAAAUAUGUUGUUGUUGUAGAGAUAUUUGCUAUUCUGUCAUCUGCAUGUGCUUUACUAGUCUGCAUAUUUAUACCCAAAUGUUACAUCAUAGUGCUGAAACCAGAGUUAAACACCAGAGAAGGUAUGACAAAAAAGGAUGUGUUUAAAGUUCAGUAGCAAGAAUGUGAAUAUUUCUUUGAUUUUUUUUGUCAUUCUUCAGGCAGAAUUAAUCACAGAGUUUCAAAAGAGCUGAUCAAAUUACUCAGAUAAAGAUUGUACUAAUUUUUAGAAAUUAAUUGGUUUGACAAUAUCUUGAGGUAACAUGCUGGGAAUUAUGAUCUGUAGUUACAUUUUGAUAUC